GCCUCUCCUCUGAGGAGUGGAUGCAGUCCUUCUGUGUCAGCCACCUCGGGAAGAGAAGCUGAAACCUUAGAGCUGUGUGCGCGUUAAUGACCUGGAAGCCCAUUGAGCUCAUGGACCCUCGUCACAUCCUCGAAGACAGCCAAGUGGCCCACCCUCAGGACCCUCACCACCCGUCAGAGAAGCCUGUCAUUCACUGCCAUAAAUGUGGGGAGCCGUGCAAGGGUGAAGUGCUUCGGGUCCAGACCAAACAUUUCCACAUCAAAUGUUUCACCUGCAAAGUGUGUGGCUGUGACCUGGCCCAAGGGGGCUUCUUCAUAAAGAACGGAGAGUAUCUCUGCACCCUGGACUACCAGAGGAUGUAUGGCACGCGCUGCCAUGGCUGCGGGGAGUUUGUGGAAGGAGAGGUGGUGACCGCCCUGGGCAAGACCUACCAUCCCAACUGCUUUGCUUGUACGAUCUGCAAGCGCCCGUUUCCACCCGGAGACCGAGUCACGUUCAAUGGGAGAGACUGCCUUUGCCAACUCUGUGCACAGCCGAUGUCUUCCAGCCCUAAAGAAGCCUCCUGCUCUGGCAAUUGUGCUGGCUGUGGACGAGAUAUCAAGAAUGGGCAGGCGCUUCUGGCUCUGGAAAAGCAGUGGCACUUGGGUUGCUUUAAAUGCAAGUCCUGCGGGAAGGUCCUCACCGGGGAGUACAUCAGCAAGGAUGGCGCUCCGUACUGCGAAAAGGACUACCAGGGGCUCUUCGGGGUGAAAUGUGAAGCCUGCCACCAGUUUAUCACUGGCAAGGUCCUGGAGGCAGGUGACAAACAUUACCACCCUAGCUGUGCACGAUGCAGCAGAUGCAACCAGAUGUUCACAGAAGGAGAGGAAAUGUAUCUUCAAGGUUCUACCGUUUGGCAUCCCGACUGUAAGCAAUCCACCAAGACCGAGGAAAAACUGCGGCCACGAAACAUCCGUCGUUCUCCAUCUGAUUUCUUUUAUCCCAAAAGUCUGAUUCGACGCACAAGAUGGUCCCCAUCUCUGCAGCCUACCAGGACUUCGUCCGAAAGCAUUUAUUCUAGAGCAGGCUCCAGUAUCCCUGGGUCCCCAGGUCAUACUAUCUAUGCAAAAGUGGACAAUGAAAUCCUGGAUUACAAGGAUUUAGCAGCCAUUCCCAAGGUCAAGGCAAUUUAUGACAUUGAGCGUCCAGAUCUUAUUACCUAUGAGCCUUUCUACUCUUCGGGCUAUGAUGACAAACAGGAGAGGCAGAGCCUGGGAGAGUCUCCAAGGACUUUGUCUCCUACUCCAUCAGCAGAAGGGUACCAGGAUGGGCGGGACCGGAUGAUCCACCGGUCCACCAGCCAGGGCUCCAUCAACUCCCCUGUGUACAGCCGUCACAGCUACACUCCAACCACGUCUCGCUCUCCCCAGCAUUUUCACAGACCUGAGCUGCUGUCUCCUGGUGUGCAGAGGUCCACCCUGCACACCGGCAGCCUCAGCUCCGGCCACAGCGACUCCCGCCCCAACUCCCCUUUCCGACACCACUUCCUUCCCCAGAUCAAAGGCAAUGAACCAUCCAGCGGCCGGAACUCCCCUCUCCCUUAUCGGCCAGACAGCCGCCCUGUCACUCCAACUUACGCUCAGGCCCCUAAACAUUUCCAUGUUCCAGAUCAAGGGAUCAACAUUUACCGAAAACCACCCAUCUACAAACAGCAUGAUGCAGCUGCCUUGGCAGCCCAGAGCAAGUCUUCAGAAGACAUCAUCAAGUUUUCCAAGUUCCCAGCAGCCCAGGCUCCAGACCCCAGCGAGAUACCAAAGAUUGACACGGACCACUGGCCUGGUCCCCCCUCACUUGCCGCCAUAGGAGCUGACAUGAGACGCAGAUCUAGCGGCAGAGAGGAAGAUGACGAGGAGCUUCUGAGACGCCGGCAGCUGCAAGAGGAGCAAUUAAUGAAGCUCAACUCGGGCCUGGGCCAGCUGAUACUGAAAGAAGAGAUGGAGAAGGAGAGGGAGAGCCGGGAGAGGUCCUCCCUGGCCGCCGGGCGCUAUGAUUCUUCCAUCAACUCAGCUUCACAUGCUCUAUCAUCGAAAACCUCAUCUCUCCCAGGCUAUGGGAAAAACGGACUUCACCGGCCUGUUUCUACAGACUUUGCUCAGUACAACAGCUAUGGGGAUGUCAGCGGGGGAGUGCGAGACUACCAGACCCUCCCAGAUGGCCACAUGCCUGGAAUGAGGAUGGACCGGGGCGUCUCCAUGCCUAACAUGUUGGAACCAAAGAUAUUUCCAUAUGAAAUGCUGAUGGUGACCAACAGAGGGCGCAGCAAAAUCCUAAGAGACGUGGACAGAACCAGGCUAGAGCGCCACUUAGCCCCAGAAGUGUUUCGGGAAAUCUUUGGAAUGUCCAUCCAGGAGUUUGACAAGUUACCUCUUUGGAGACGCAACGACAUGAAGAAAAAAGCAAAACUCUUCUGAGUACCACACAUAGACAGCAAUUAGAAAAAGGACUGACCAUGGCGGUGACACAUAGGAUGUUGUAUUAAGGCCCAAACUUGAUUGGAGAAUUUGCAAACUACUGUCCCUCAGCAACAACCAAAAGGGAAAAUCUGAUUAAAACACCCAUGAGCCAAAUGUUGGGCCAGCCCAUGGCAACAUUCGCCCAGAAGCAGUGGGGUAGAAAUGUCUGUGUUCCCACCCUCGACAGUAGUGUUCACGUGUGACCUUUUUCCAUCACCUUAUGUGCACAGCAGGAGCUACUUCUUUUGUUUUCUUUCAACUGUUAUUCAAUAAUAGUGUGACUGUAUGGGUAAGAGCCAGCAAGUGCCCUUAGGAUGCCGCAUGGACAAAAGCAGUUGUAAUAAUUCCAAAGUACGAGUAUAUUUAUUAUGUAGCGCCGCGGCUGAGAAGGAAGAGCCCGAGGGAUAGAUCCACGUGGCAGCAGCCUUUGUCCCACCUUUCCUCACUGGCCUCCUGCAGACCUGCCUGGGCUUCAGCAGGAGGGAAAGCAGAGUUGGGGCCCCCGGCAGCUCUGUUUCAAUAGCCACCAAAGUCAUUUUUAACAUGCUCCUUGUUCCCUACUGUUUGCUAGGACCUGAUUGGCAAAUUACUUAGCCUAUUAUUAAAAAGAAAAAAGAAUUCAGAGAAAGAGAGGAGAAAGGAGUGAAUGAAAAUUCUCCUUAAAUCCUUUUCUACUUCAGAAAGUAUGUUCCUCCCCACCAAGGACAGGAGAUGUCUCAGCCCCGCAGCCCUCCACUCUUACAAAGAAAGGAAAGGGGGAUUGUCUCCAGAUUGGCCCAGUUGUAUGCUGUUAGGUGAGUUUUGUCCAAAGGCCAUAGCAGUCUUGACCAAAAACAAAAGUUCUGUCUCCUCUCAAUGCAAGUUCUCCGACCCAGCAAACUCUGCUCUCUAUCCGGCAUCCUCUAAAUCACAUCAAGCCCUCACUGAUUUUGGUUUUUUUAAAGGUCUUUUCAGUAGUAGGCUAAGGAAAGGCAUGUUUUUCUCUUUGAAAUCUCUGCAACUCCAAGGUAGAUUGCCUCAAACUGAUUUAAUUUGGUCUUUUGGGCUUUCUUUCUUGCCUAGCUCUGUUGACUUCCUGGUUUGCACGUGUGUGUUUAUGUGUUUUCACUCACCCAGGGCAGUUUGGUGAGUCUGCAUGUGCUUUUAAAUUUCAUUCCUGCUCGAAUGUUUGUCCCACUGUGCUGCAGCUCCUCAGGGACAUUUGCACAGGUGCACAUGACUCAGAGGUCAAGAGUGAGGCUAACUGCAUCCCUGCCGCCAGGUCCCCUGUGGAAGGGUGUUGGUUAGAAGCCAGCAUAUUCCAUGACAGAUGUAGCUCAAGUCAGCAUCAGACCGAAGACCGCAGACCUAGGGUCAGACUAUGUGUAGACAGCAGGACAUCUCACCAGAGUCCUCAAGCUCACUAACACAAGAGUCACAUUGGAGCCGAAGAUUACCCCAAAACUUGCAUUUAAGACCCCACCAUGGUUCCUGAAAGCCUCUGGCUGAGACUCAGACAGGACGUGAGUCGCAUGUAGGAGGUUGUUACAUUUAUUCUCAUGCUUUGGGGCUCUGUUUAAGAAUUUAAACUCUGUUUUAAAGCCAAAAAAGAAAACAUCUGAAUUCACCUGCGUAUGCCACUAAUAAUAAAAGCUCAGAAAUUCUUCCUGCUGGCACCAAGUAUUAGAGUCAGUUAGUAGCUGACGCCAGUGGUAAAAAGCAAGUAGAAUAUUCUUUCUGACCUUGUACUGCAGACCUAGCUUGUGACACACUCUAGCAACCGGGUGCUGUAGUGAAUACUGCAAUUGCUUUAUAGUAUUCUGUGCACUUCCCGAGGGAAUCUAAACCUGCCUGACCUUUGCUAGACGCUGAAUGUUUGAGGACUGUUCUCACAAAUACAUGUGUGUGUGUGUGUGUGUGUGUGUGUGUGUGUGUGUGUGUGUGUUGGACCUACUAACGUGUUUAGCAAAUGGCUCUGAUGAGGUGGAUGUGAGGAGACCAGCUCCUUGGACUGAAGGCAGACUGCAGCCCACAGUUUCGCCCCUUCAUCUGUCCGUUGCCUCUUGCUUCAUUCAGUACAUCCGCUGUCCCAUCUUCUGUGACCUCUCCUGCAUGGGCAGCCUGGGAACAACGCCUGUGUGUCCUAAUCCUUGCUUCGCUCUGGCAAAGUGUGAGGGGUGAGGACCAUGGUGUAGUCUCAGUGUUCCCCUGCCACGACCAAUAACAAGGAUGGCCAAACGUAUCCGAGUGUUCGGCUGGAGGAGAGGUUUUUUUUUCAUUGGCUAAUGAGUUAUCAUCCACGUACUUGCAGAUUAAAUGUCAGUGUAAGAAAAAUGGCGAUGAUAGUUAAAGAACUGAGCCCUAAAUUUGCCGCCACUGAUGAAACUCUACUUUUCUUGUAACUUUUGAAUUCAGUUUUGCAUCCAUCUUGGGGUGGGGGUGGGGGGGAAAUAGCUUCUUUGCAUAUCAAGUGUAUGAGCUAAUUUAAACUACACCGUGCAAAAAUGCCUUGCCAGAAAAUACCAGUAGCUUCCUGGCUGCAAGCAGAGCAGUGCUGUGCUCUAGGGAAGGGGGCACUGGGAAUGCAGAGCGGGCUUCCCAACCCCACUCCCCAGCAGAAGGCUCCAGCCACGGGCAUGGGUCACAGGGCAACCUGAUUCUUCCAACCGCCAAAUUGAGUCAGUGGGCUGCAACGCCCUAUGUGCUUUGUUGAACUGGGCUCAGCGUGCUUGUCCCGAAAAUGUCCAGGUCACUACACAGGAAAUCAGUGUUCUCUGCUUGAACCCUGCCCCGCAUAAAAAAAUUCCAGUUGUUAACACAGUCAAAUUAAUGAGGAUUGUUUACUCUAGGAAAGGAAGUAUACACGUGGCAAGCUUCCCUAGUGCAUACAUAAAGGGCUACAUUUUUGAGCAUUGGGCUUACUAGUGAUUCUUGAAGCAUAGGCUGAUUGCAUGAAGAGGCCUCUAUGAUGACCUGAAAAUCAGUGCUUCCUUUAAAGUUUCUUCCAAAAAAGCCAGGAUACCAUUUAGUCUUCUGGUGUGAUUUAUGCUGAGAUAUAAAGAGCGCUUGGAAACUUGUCCAGCUCGCUAGGUAUCUACAUUUUGGUUUGGGUUCAUUAUGAAAUGUUCUUAAUGUGACUCCUUCAAUAACAAAAGAUAAACUGCCUGUUCCCUGAAACCUUGAACAGAAAAGCUAGAGACAAUGGGUAAUAAGAUGCAAAGAAAAAAAAAAAAAAAAAAGUAGUUUCUAUCUGUCAUGUCCUCUAGUCUCCCCAGUUCUCCCCAACUCCCCAUUCUGUUGUUUCCAAGCUGAGUUUCCUCUUCUGAGGUGAGGCUGGAACAAUGGUCUUUUCAACUCCUAUCCCCUCCAUCUGGUGAUGUCAAUCAACUCCACUUGGAAAAGUCUUGCUAGAAAUGUUUCUAAAACUUUCAUCUAAUUUCUUUACACUUUAAAGCAAACACCUUUUUCUAAAGAAUUGCUUCUUAGAUGAUUAUACAAUAUAUAUAUCUAUGCUUUUGCAAGUUUAAAAAUUCAAAUGAACCACUCUUGACUAGGUAGGUCUUUCUAAAAAACUCUUUAAAGCAAACUUGAUGUUAGCGUUCUCUUGCAUGUUGAAGGGGCAGGGGACCCUCAAGGCUGUGGGCUCCCAGAGCCCUCUUUCUGACUGUCAGGAAAGAUGGUGGAAGGAAGAUGAACUCUGUGCCGUCAGCCCUUCUGCAUCCUCUGCAGCAAGCUCAGUUUUUACAAAUCACCUCAUCUGUAUUUCCGGUCACUGUUUAAUCUACUUCCUAGGCCAGCCUUGAUUUUAUCUGACUUGUAAAACCAUUUUCCUUUGAUAAACCAAGUGUUGUCAGGAUGCCCUAAAACUCACUCAUUAGUACUCCCUUUUGAAGAACGUUCUAUUCAGAAAAAGAGAUCAUUUCAGGCUUGAGGUUCGUAAUGACGCCUUAUAGUGGUGAUGUGCGUUAAGGGAACUACCCAAUUAUGCUGUAAUGAAAGAAGGAGAAACUUUGACUUUGGCAUUUUAAAAAAUCACUGUCUUUCUAUUUGCUGCCCAGGGAGUAGUGGGGAGAUGGUGACUGACACGCUUUGCAUAUGGAUCUUUGUGUUUUUCAUUUGGGGCAAGUUUCAUUUAUGGCAAACUCAGAAGGAAAGGGGGAGGUGGUCAGUUUAAGCUGAAAAACUUUCUAAACAAUACAUGUGUACACAGCAAAAUUAAACCCAAUCUUUUCUGAUGCUUCGUGUAAUUGAGUGGCGAUUGUUAUCAUUAAAUAAAAUUCUUCCCAGAAGAGUCUCUCCCGAGAGUGACGAUGCCAUGAGUCGCUUUCUGAGCCCGUUUGCCAAAGGUAGAGGAAAAGACUGCAUCCACUAACAUUCAGAGAGGCAGUGAGCCACUUAGUGAUUGUAUAUGUGUAUGUUUCUUUACCCUACGGAAGAGAAGACAAAUGUCCGCAGGAUUGGUGUUCUUUUGGGGUGUUAUGUACAGACCUGUCCAGUAAUAAACAUGUGUGGUUUCUGUGAGUUGCUGACAAUCCUGCAUCGAAGCUUUUGCAGUUCUUUCCUUUUUAAGUUGGGUUUAAUGGAAUUUUUUUUCAAGUGUUGGAAGGCAUACUGUUCUUCCUGCCUCCCCUCCCCUUCCAGAAACAAGAAAGCAAGUAUUUGGAAGAACUGCUGCUUAAAAGAUGUAUCAUGUCCCCCGUGAAAGUGAGUGGAUAUCGGUCGGCAUCCUGAAUGCCACGUGCCAGUGUGCAGAGGUGGGAUGGCCCUGGGCCUGCGUUACUGUGCUUAGGACACCCGACGCACUCCACACUCUUGUUGAAAUCAGCACCUGCCACCCCUCUGCCGCUGUCCUGCGUCACUGUUGUCCUCACAACUCAGUGAAUAAAGUGUGUGCUUUAUGCGUAA